AUGGCCGCAGCAGCUAAAUUACCCUCUUUGAUCAACACGGCGAUGGCGAAUGCGAGGCCCAAGUUCAAUAUUUUCAUGAAAUAUGCUAGGGUUGAAUUAGCUCCACCUAAAUUGAGCGAAAUUCCACAGAUAAAAGCAGGAAUUGGCAAAUUAAUGACCAGUGCCAAGACUGGAGCUUGGAAACAGCAAACUGUUAAGCAAGCUACCUUGAAUGUUUUAGUGGGUGCAGAAGUCCUUUUCUGGUUCUUUGUUGGAGAAUGUAUUGGAAAGCGUAACAUUGUUGGUUAUAAAGUU